AAUUGAGAAACAGUGAGAAUCAGAGAACAAAAGAAGGAAAGAAGGAAAGAAGGAAAGAUGAGCAGCGACCAUGGCGGAGGGGGGUCGUCAGGAUCGCAUUCGCUGGCCUUCAGGGUGAUGAGGCUGUGCAGGCCGUCCUUCCACGCGGACCCCCUCCCUCUGCGUGUGGACCCCGCCGAUCUCCUCGUCGGCGAGGACAUCUUCGACGACCCUCUCGCCGCCGCCAGUCUCCCCCGCCUCCUCCACUCCAGUCCCGACUCCUCCGAUCUCAGCUACCGCUCCCGCUUCCUCCUCCAAGACUCCUCCGACUCCAUCGGCCUCUCCGGCCUCCUCGUCCUACCCCAAGCCUUCGGGGCGAUUUACUUGGGCGAGACGUUCUGUAGCUACAUUAGCAUCAACAACAGCUCCAAUUUCGAGGUCAGGGACGUCGUGAUCAAGGCCGAGAUUCAGACCGAGAGGCAGCGGAUUCUUCUCCUGGACACCUCCAAGUCGCCGGUCGAAUCCAUACGCGCCGGAGGCCGAUACGACUUCAUCGUCGAACACGACGUCAAAGAGCUUGGCGCUCACACGCUGGUUUGCACUGCAUUGUACAAUGAUGGCGAUGGCGAGCGCAAAUAUCUUCCACAGUUCUUCAAGUUCAUCGUCGCCAAUCCGCUUUCAGUCAGGACGAAGGUUCGUGCUGUUAAGGAAGCUACAUUCUUAGAAGCAUGUAUUGAAAAUCACACAAAAUCGAACCUUUUUAUGGAUCAAGUUGAGUUUGAACCAGCUCCACAUUGGAGCGCAACAAUGUUGAAAGCAGAUGAACACCACACUGAAAGUAAUUCUCAAACAAAAGAGACAAAUAAGCCAUCAGUUCUCAUCAAAGCUGGCGGAGGAAUCUAUAACUAUCUUUAUCAGUUAAAGUUGUCAUCACAAGGUUCUGCACAAAUGAAAGUUGAGGGAAGUAAUGUUCUUGGUAAACUACAGAUAACAUGGCGAGCUAAUCUUGGUGAACCUGGUCGUCUUCAGACCCAGCAAAUCCUGGGCAAUCCCAUAACGCACAAGGAGAUUGAGUUGCAUGUUACGGAGGUUCCUUCUGCUGUCACCUUGGAAAGACCAUUUUCGUUACCCUUGAACCUGACAAACCAAACUGAUAAGGAAUUGGGCCCCUUUGAAGUUUGGCUAUCGCAAGAUGGUUCACUUGAGGACAAGGUUGUCAUGCUUAAUGGUCUACAGAAACUGGUUUUACCAAGGCUUGAAGCAUUUGGUUCUUCAACUUUCACUCUGAACCUUAUUGCUACAAAGCUUGGAGUUCAGAAAAUCACCGGUGUUACGGUGUUUGAUGCUAUAGAAAAGAAAUCUUAUGAGCCUUUGCAGGACUUGGAGAUUUUCGUGGAUCUGGACUAAUUAUUGGGCAGCUUUCACUAGCUGAGAAUGCAGAUUCUCUUCUUUUUUUUUG